CUGCACACCAAAACAUACCUGAGGGGGAUUUUCGGAGGCACACACAGCAAUAGCAGUUGCUGCACUCGUCGAACUGUGAGAGGAUGGCUCGUACUAAGCAGACAGCUCGGAAAUCCACGGGAGGAAAGGCCCCUAGAAAGCCACUCCGUGCUAUAGCCGCUGUUAUGCCUGCUCCGUCCAGCAGAGGAGUCGCUCGAAAGUCCGUUCCGUUCAUCGGAGUUAAGAAGCCUCGUCGACACCGUCCUGGAACCGUAGCCCUUAGGGAGAUCCGAAAGUAUCAGAAAAACACGGAGCUGCUGAUAAGGAAGCUGCCGUUCCAGAGGCUCGUCAGGGAGAUCGCACAGCACUUCAAGCACGACAUGAGGUUCCAGAGCCACGCGGUGCUGGCGCUGCAGGAGGCGGCGGAGGCGUACCUGGUGGGUCUGUUCGAGGACACCAACCUCUGCGCCAUCCACUCCAAGCGCGUCACCAUCAUGUCCAAAGACGUUCAGCUCGCCAGGAGGAUCCGUGGCGAGAGGCUCUGAACCCCGCUUUACAAUGGCCUGAUUCAUAUCUGCUACUUCUACUGUUCUACAGAUAUAUAGGGCGGGCGAACUUAAUUGAUGUUUGUUUGUUUAGUUUCUGUUCAACAUUAUGAGUACUCGUCAGCUAGCAAAUAGCCGUGACUUAUGACAAGUUAAGCCUCAAAAUUUCAU